AUGAGCUCACAAACCUCCAGUUAUCAGGAAAACAGAUGCUGACUGACCAGAUCUGAGUCUGGGAGGAGGAGAGGGUGAAAUGAGGCUGGAUAAUUAGGAAGAGCAGGCUGUAUCCCCGAAGGGAAAGAGCAGCCAGCUCCGUGCAUGCAGCUAUUCGCACCAUCCCUCCGUCUCUAUCUCUUUAAGAGCUGAGGGAAGGAGUGUGUGUGCGUGUGUGUGAGUGUGUGUGGGGGAGGGGUAUUGGCUGGGGUGGAACAGUCCUGUAAUGAGCAGAUUUUAGAGAGAGAGAGAGAGAGAGAGGCCGAAAAACAAGAGAGGACAGAUGACUUGGUGGAUUUGGGAUACAACAACAAUCCAGGUUUCAGACGAGCGCUGAGAUGGAGAGGACAAAGGGAAGAGGAGAGGAAUAAUUAAUUUUGUCUUCUUCACAUCCUCGUCUCCAGGAGAGGAGAGAGUGGCUCAUCCUCAGAUCACAGCAGAGCGGAGAGGAGGAAGAGGAGAUAUUCACUCUCCGUUAUGUCUGCCGAGGUGUGUGUGCGAGGCUGAGGCUGUGUGUGGUUAUGGAUGUGUGUGUCUGAGCCUUGUUUCCAGGCCAUGCUACAGCUACAACUUCUCUGAUUUUUUUCUCUUUUUUUUUGAUGGCGUACAGUGCAGCAGCAUCCCCGUCCUGUCUCCCCCUCCGUGUGCCGGCGGUGCGGCAGGGAUGUGUGGAUGCUGUAAUGUCUGAUUGAGCCGAGCUCGGUCGCUGCUGCUGCCACCGCUCUGUGGGCCUCUGGGACUGCUGGAAAAGCCUAGGCCUCACUUGUCUGGAGCGCCCCGCUGCACGGGCUGAGGCGACGGGCCGGCGAGCUCCCCAGCUGCGAGGCUGCGUGGAGCAGGAAGGUGGAGGAGGAAGUGGAGGAGGAGGAGGAUGAGAAGCACUCUGAGCCUGCAUGCCCAUGGGAAGCAGCAUGCACGGCAGCUGCGUUCGUCACUCCAGACCCAUCGCUGAGGCUUAGGCUGCUUCUCCGUCAUAAGGUGAUGCUCUUCGGGCCACGUCCGGCUGCUUUUAAAAUGAGGAGCUGGUGUUUCACGUCCUAAACUAAGAGGAGAGGGAGAGUCGAGGCCCUGCACCUCCAUGCUACCAGAUUCAAACUAGGCCUCCUCCCUCUUUGCUCCUCCUGAGUGAACCCGGCCUUUGUUUUUUCUUUCUCUUGACAUUCUAAGGAUUUGCCUAAACCUGUUUCAUGCAUGUCCACUGGAGGCAGGUUUGACUUUGAUGACGGGGGGUCGUACUGCGGGGGGUGGGAGCAGGGUAAGGCCCACGGGCGAGGGGUCUGCACGGGGCCCCAGGGUCAGGGCGAGUAUGCAGGUGCCUGGAGCCACGGCUUCGAGGUCCUGGGCGUGUACACGUGGCCCAGCGGGAACAGCUACCAGGGCACCUGGGCACAGGGCAAGCGGCAUGGCAUCGGAGUGGAGAGCAAGGGCCGCUGGGAGUACAGAGGGGAGUGGACGCAGGGGUUCAAAGGUCGCUACGGGCAGCUGGAGAGCACGGCGAGCGGAGCCCGGUACGAGGGGACGUGGAGCAACGGGCUGCAGGAUGGAUACGGCACUGAAACCUACUCUGAUGGAGGAACCUACCAAGGCCAGUGGCUGGGCGGGAUGCGUCACGGCUAUGGCGUGCGUCAGAGUGUACCGUACGGCAUGGCGGCCGUCAUCCUCUUCCCGCUGAGAACAUCCAUAAACUCCCUCCGUUCCGAGCACAGCCACGGCCCUCCGGCUGUGCUGGAGGACGGCAGUGCCAUCACACCCACAGAUGGGGUGGUGGCUGGGCUGGCUGGGAGCCCCGUGGGCCGGGGUGGGUUUGCCUUGACGGCUCCAAGUGAAGCCGAGCGCCAGAGGAAGAGGAAAGGCCGCUUUCGGCAGUCCAUCCUGAGCGGCCUGAAGUUGCGGCGCUCUGAGUCCAAAAGCUCACUGGCCAGUCAGCUCAGCAAGCAGAGCUCCUUCUGCAGCGAGGCCGGCAUGAGCACCGUCAGCUCUGCUGCGUCUGACAUCCACUCUAAUACCAGCGAGAGCGAACAGGGAGCUCCUGUGGACGCCACUGUCACUGAAAUGUAUGCUGGUGAGUGGCGGAGCGACCAGAGGGCCGGCUGGGGCGUGAGUCGGCGCUCAGACGGCCUGCGUUAUGAAGGUGAAUGGGCUGCAAACAAGAGGCACGGGUACGGAUGCACCACAUUCCCUGAUGGCACCAAGGAGGAGGGGAAGUACAAGCAGAACGUGUUGGUGAGCGGGAAACGCAAGAACCUGAUCCCACUGAGGGCCAGUAAGAUCAGAGAGAAGGUGGACCGCGCUGUGGAGGCUGCCGAGAAGGCUGCAGACAUCUCCAAACAGAAAGCUGAGAUCGCCAUGUCCAGGAUGAGCCACGCUCGUGGGAAGGCGGAGGCAGCUGAAGGAGUGGCGCAGAAGGCCAUGGAGGAGUGUCGACUGGCCCGGAUCGCUGCCAAAGAGCUCUCUCCCUCCUUCCACAUCUACGGGAACGGGCUCGAAUGUCAGAGGCCCAAGCACCAGGACGGCAAGGACAAAGACCAUGAGGUGAUCUCCACGGGAACAGACAGUCCGGAGCUGUGCACGCCGGACACAACGCCGCCUGUAAUAACACCUGAUCUCAGCCCCGUGCUGAGCGUGCCCACCUCGCCCCCCCACAGCCCGCCCAAGCACGCCCAUCGCCCCAGAAAUGCUUGCUUCAUGCGCCAGAGCGCUGUGGACGAUCAGGGCGGGGCAGAGAUCCAGGUGCUGGUGGAGGGGCGGGGCAUGGAUCUGCCCAGGGGCGGGGCUAACAAUUGGACUGAUGACAUGUAUCCGGACCGCGGGGGCAGCAGCCGCUCCACCACACCCUCCCUCCUGGAGGAGCAGGAGGGCCAAAUUAACGGCCACGAGCAAGCCCCUCUGUCCAACCACAGACCACGGGAGAAAUCCUCGUCCAAUCACAAGUCCCGGGAGCACGCCUCCUCCUACAGAGCGUGGGAGCACUCCUUGUCCAACCAAAAGCCCUCCAAGCAAGCCUCUUCCAAUCACAAGUCGAGGGAGUACUCGUCCUCCAAUCACAAAACAUGGGAUCAUUCUUCCACCAAUCACAAGGCCUGCGAGCAUGCCUCUUCCAACUACAAGCCGCAGGUGCACAUUUUAUCCAAUCACAAGGCCUUGGAACAUAACAUGUCCAAUCACAAGACUUCUGAGCAUGCUUCUUCCAAUCACAAGUCCCAAGAUUAUAUCUCCUCCAAUCACAAUGCAAAGGACCACGUCUCCUCUAGUUACAACCCUCGAGAGCAUGUCUACUCCAACCACCAUCCAAAGCAGCACAACCCCUCCAACCACAAGCUUAACGAGCAUGCUGUAAUCGACCAAAGGCUAGACGGCCUCACCGGGGGUUGGACUGCUGAAAGCACCCUUAGGUGGAGCCCCGCCCACUCGCGCCUCACAGAGCAGGACGAGGAGAGGAUGAAUGACUAUACGGUGGACAUGAGGCUCCAGUGUCCGGACUCGCAGACGUCUCGGGGGCUGGGCCCGGAGUCCCCGGCCCCCAAAAACAACAGGCUGCGAUCGCGAGGCCUUCGGCCGGUCAGAGAGGGAUCCAUGGACUCUGUACAGAUGCUGGACAACCUGAAUGUGGGGGCAGAGCUGGAGGAGUGGCCGCUGCACAGGGACCUCACCCUCUCCCCACCCCUCAAGUCUCAGCCCAUCACUCUGGAGCAGGAAGGAGAGCAUCUCACCCUCAAAUCAAACUCAGGCUCCAGCUCUAUUCUGGUGGUUAUGGUCAUUUUACUCAAUAUUGGAGUAGCCAUUCUUUUCAUUCACUUCUUUAUUUAAGCUUAUACAGGUAUGAUCUACUAAGACUUAUUGAUAACUACGGUAUAUUAUAUUAUUACUUACUGAGACGGACAUUCUGCCUAUUCGACUGGAGCCCGCAGCCCGAGUGACGGACACAGCAGAGCCUUUCUAUUGUUGCUACUGGUCUUUUCCACCUCUGUUGAAGCCCGUUUCAGUUUCUACGAAAACACCGUUUCCUUUUCAGAUGCUUAUUUUGAGCUUGCAACCAUAGAAAAGAAAGUAAGAAUAAAGAGCGCAGCUUUAAACUAGCGUGGUGUAUCGGGACACACGUGCAUGGGUGUCCAUCAGCUGUUCAAUGGACUGGAGAUGGCACAGGCAGUUUUGCCCAUUUUUCCAUCACCCUAGACGAGAAUACAGCAACCCUUGUUUCCUGGUUAUCAUGAGAGACAUGCUAACCAAGAGCAUGGCACACACUCCAGAAACAAUAACCCCCCCCCCUUUAACCCUUUCCCCUGUCGGCCCCCAUCCACCAGUCUCUAACCCCUAUUCGCACUAUGCGCUACAUACAGAACUAUGCUGCAAGAGUAGAUCCAUUUUAAAGGGCUCCGUCAUUAUUCUUUUCUUUUUUCCACUACGAACUGCACACACAACCAUUGCAUGAGGCUGUGUGGGGUUUUAAAAGUGCAUUUUCUAUCCCUUUAACAUCACUGUUCUGUCCUCAUUUGUACGCACUCCAUCCUGGUUGUCACCUCACGUCCAGUCAGAAUCACCGAAUCCGAGCGCAUCGGAUUCAUCAGCGACCAACACACUCCAAGACCCAUGAGUCUAAACCUCGAGGAACUUCCUGAAUUUAUUGUUAAGUGAAACACAUUCGCACGCAAAAAAAGAAAAGAAAAAAAAAAACAUACACAUUUAACUGCUGACAUACUGAGGAGGGUUCAGCCUUGCCCCUUUGUACAGCCUUGAGACUGUUAUGUUAUAACCACUAAUUCUACUAUAUAUGUGUAUGUGUCAUUAUUAUCAAAGUUUGUUACUUUUUUGCAGUUUGCAAGACAGAGAGAAUGCUGAGUGCCUCGUAUUUAUUCAUUUUUCCGUCUCUAAUUUAUUUAAAAAACCCCGACCCAAGAUAAUAAAACACCCAGGCUGAGAGGAGACAAAUAACCUUCAACAUUAAGAAAGGUGACCCCGCCCUUCCCCCCCAGCACACACUCUCUCUCUCACACACACACACACACACACACACACACACACACACACACACAAACACACAGACACGACACACACACAAACCUCCCUUCCACCCUGAAAUGGCAUGCACUGUUUUGUCUCUCUCCCCCUUUAGGACCAGUCAAAAAGGGAAAAAUGGGGUUUCUACGGUGUCAUUUCCAGACACUUUUUGGGCCGGAUGAGAUUUUUUUCAGCAUGUUUGUUCAGCCUGCUCAAUCUGGUGUCAGUUUGUGAGUUUCUCCCUCUCGUCUCUUUUAAUCCAGCAACACAAGGCUACGUGAGACAUGGAGAGCAGUGUAAAAUAAACGCUAGCUUUUAAACUCUCAGUGGAUUUACCGAAACGUCCUGAGUUUAUGAAUGAUAUAAAAAGAAACUCUCUGCUACUGUAUGUUUUAUACUUCGCACCCAGUGGCAUCAUCAAGUUGUGACAUCAUUGCAUGCCCAAGCAUGCUCUUUCUUACUCUUUGGUUUAUGAGGUUGUUUCGAAGUUAAUGUGGAGAAAAUAAUGAAAUGUUUGAAAUUAA